AUGUCUUCUAAACGACAACAGCUAUCGUUGAAAAUAUCGAAUUGGACAGAGCAAAAUGUUCAAGUAAGAAAAUGUACACCGAAUAUUGGUGCAAUGCCCAAGGAUGCAAAACAAAAUGUUAUGUUAAGCCGACAAUUUUUUUCUAAUAUGAUCAAUUUGUCAUCGGAACGCUUUCGUAAAAUUUCACGACUUGAUCAUGAUAAGAAAAAAUUUCUUCUUAAUCAACGAACAAAAGCUGAAAGAGGCAUGCCUGGUCUUCUACCAUAUAUUGACCCAUUGAUUGAAAAUAUCAAUAAUGAUAGAUCAUCAUCACGUCGAUCGAAAAACAAUGAAUCCCUAUACUCAUCUUCAUUUCAAUCAUUUGCAACAAUGUCAAAUACAAAAUCUGAAUUUUCGUCUGCAUUAAGACAGCAAUCCCCUAACAAGAAAAAAAUACCACCACCAACACCUCAGAAAUAUUUUGAUCGACCAGAGAAAUCUGUUGAACGAAAAACUUCUUUAAGUCACUCAAAACAUCAAUAUCAUAAUUCAAAAAUUAAAAAUCAUGUUCGUCCAAAUUAUAAUGAUUCAUUAACAGUCGACGACCUAUUUGGAGAGCUUGAUGAUGAUGAUGAUUCUAACUAUUUUUCUCCGCUGCCUGAGAAACCUAAGAGCGCAACAAAGGACAAACGUUUUCGUCAGUUGAUUCAUUUAUUUUCUGAAGUACAUGAAUGUGAUCCCACAAAUUUAAAAACAAUCAAAAAUGUUAUUGAAUCAAAUUCGUCGUUACGAAAUGAACAAAAACAUUGGCAAACAAUCAAUAUACAAAAUUCACCCGAAAUGGAUAUUGAAAAUCAUGAACAAUUAUCUACAGAUGAAUUCUAUACUAAAACAGACGUUUACUUGAUUGACAUGACUGCAUGA